AUGUGUUUUAGAGCGAUCGGAUAUCUUCUCCACCCCUCCAUUGCCGCGGUCCUACCAGAGAACGCGCGGAUAGCCGACGUUGGCACGGGCACUGGAAUCUGGAUGAGCGAACUCGCUAAAGUUUCCCCAUCAACAUAUACAUUCAAUGGCUACGAUAUCUCCUCAGACCAGUUUCUACCAGCUGAAUCUCUUCCUUCCAACGUCACGCUUGAGUUCGGCGACUUCAAGAAGCCGAUCCCGGAUGAACUGAGGGGAAAGUUCGACCUUGUGAACAUUCGACUAAUCAUCAUUUCCAUGGGCGUGGGCGUGUGGGAACCUACUUUACAGAACAUCCUCCCGCUACUCAAGCCCGGUGGUGCUAUCCAGUGGACGGAAGGCAACUUCCUCGAGGCCAGGGGUUUCCGGGGGCAGUCACCCAAGUCGACGCCAGGACACUUUCUCACCAGGGCGCAGAAUCAGUUUAAUGGUACGCUUGUCAAGCGCUUUCAAUGGUGCUUUCCACCAGAUUGGCAGAAGAUGUACGCAGAUGCGGGGUUGGUCAACAUCGAAGAGGACGUGCUAAGCACCGACCGAAAUCCCGAGCAGCGGCCUGAUUUCACCGAAAUUGGCAUUGGUGCAGUGCAUCAUGGGCUAGGGAAUCUGGCGAGGAUAAAGGAAGACGGAUACUGGAAUGAGCAAGAGGUGCAGGAGUCGAAGCAGAAGGCGCUCGAGGACAGGGCGUCUGGAGCUUACCUGCGCUGGGACUUGCACGUUACGAUUGGGUUCACCAAGGAUGAAUGA